AUGGCGGAGGGCAUCACAGGGCACGACAGAGCAAAGAACCAAAGCUUCAUCGAUCAGGUCAUCGAGUAUCUCCAGGACACCGUGAGCAGGGAGGAGCUGCGGCACGUGCUGAAGGAUGAUGACGCGUGGGAGGCAGCCGUGGCCAAGGCUAAGUUGUCCAGGGAGGACGCUGAUGAGCUUCGUGGUGUUCUGAAGAUGCUCACAGAAGACACAGAUGAUGAUGAUGAAGGUGAAGAUGAGGAUGAGAAGGAUCUGCAGGAUAGGAAGAGGUUUUUGGAUGAAUUUCCCCGGGUUAGACUGGAGCUUGAGGAGCGCAUGAGAAAGCUCCGCGACCUUGCCGACAGGGUUGACAAGGUGCACAGGGAUUGCACCAUCUCCCACGUGGUGGCCGGCUCCACAGGCGUGGUCUCUGGGGUGCUGACCAUCCUUGGCUUGGCUCUGGCUCCUGUGACAGCAGGGGUCAGUCUGGCGCUGUCUGCCACCGGUCUGGGGCUGGGCACCGCGGCCACUGUGGCUAGUGUUGCCACGAGUGUUGUAGACACAUCAACCAAGUUGUCCGCUAAAGCGGAAGCCAGCUCUCUGCUCUCAACCGAAGUGGAUAAGGCCAAGGUGGCUGACGAUGUUCUUGCUGAGGUUAAACCCAGAGUUGUUGCCUUAACUCAGAAUUGCUUCCGAGACCUGCCACGCCUUCAGAGGAACAUCCGAGCCAUGAAUCUGGCCAAAGCCAACCCUCGCUUAGCGGCCAGCGCCAAGCGUCUCAUGACCACUGGGAAAAUCUCGGCCCGAAGCACUAAGCAGGUGCAGAAAGCCUUCGGUGGCACCGCGCUGGCAAUGACCAAAGGAGCCCGGGUGAUGGGUGCGGCCACUGCAGGUGUCUCCCUUCUCAUGGAUGUCAUCAACCUUGUGGAGGAGUCCACACAUUUGCACCAGGGGGCGAAGACCGAGUCUGCUGAGGAGCUGCGGCGGCAGGCUCUGGAGCUGGAGAGGCGGUUGGAGGAGCUCCUCCGGGUCCAGGAGAGUCUGCAGUCGGCAUGA